CUUUUUGCCUCGUUGGAAGGAAGGUGCUUUCAAGCAGGAAGAAGAAAAGCCAACUGACAGGAACGGCUGAAUAUAGACACGGUGACGAGAAAAACAAACACAAAGACGGCGAAAUCCACACACACAUUCGGGUGGCAUUUUACCUUUCUCUGAUGUCAAUCACUGAGGACCAAACAGACAUGGAUGGAGCAGAACUGCUUCGGUUGCAGUUUGACGACAAUCAGGAUGCUUCUUCUGAGGAGCAGCUCUUUGAUUACGUCAGUAGGCUCAUUGAUUCCUGGAGCACCGAACAGGAUGUGCUCAGCUUACUGCGGGAAGAGGACAACGUGGAGACUCUCUGUCCCUCCCGUUCCCCAAUCAGCAGUGACAGCGGCAUCUCCGACUACAGCAGCAACGCUGGCCGCGUGGGAAAUGGCACCCCCGUGGGUUGCCCGAGCCCCGAGGGAGGCGACAUCGACAUCUCCCACAGUCCCAGCUACUUCAACCCGAGCCCAGUGUGCUCCGAACCCGCCUCCGUUGCUGAGGAGCUGCAGGCUGAGAACCCAGAGUUCUUGAGAGUCCAGGCAGAUCACAGCUACUCUUUGCUCAGGGGAAAGUGCGAGGACAUGGUUGUCCUGCAGAGUGUGUGGACAGAAAAGUCUGACACAGAUGUCUUCAUUGAUCUCGAUAAUCUGGUGACUGAGGAAAUGGAAGAUGAGUUUUCCAGUGAGCUACCUUAUACACUGGCCAUUGACGACGCAACGCUGGACAGAAAGCAGCACGACAACACACAACAGUUCCAGUUUAAGGACAUUGUGCUCUCUGAGGAGGAGAAGCGGCUUUUGGCGAAAGAGGGAGCAACUAUUCCCACAGACAUGCCUCUCACUAAGGCUGAGGAGAGGACCCUGAAGAGGGUCCGGAGGAAGAUUCGCAACAAGCAGUCUGCUCAGGAGAGUCGCAAGAAGAAGAAGGUCUACGUAGACGGCUUAGAGAGCAGGGUCGCCGUCUGCACUGCGCACAAUGUGGAACUGCAGAAGAAAGUCCAAAUGCUCCAGAAGCAGAACAUCUCUUUAAUUGAGCAGCUGAGGAAACUGCAGGCCGUGGUGAAGAUGUCCACCUUGAAGGCCAGCACGACCAGCACGUGUGUCAUGGUGUUCCUGCUCUCCUUUUGUCUCAUCGUCUUCCCGUCGGUUAACCCGUUUGGCAGCAAGACGGAGAAGAAGGAACUCUACCUUCCUUCUUCCAUCAUUUCCCGAACUUUACGCUCGCUGCCGUCAGAGAGCACCGAUGCCAUGACCUACCUGGAACCCGAAGACGACGAGCCGGACCUUCAUCUGCUGCCCAAAGCCGAGCUGGAGAACACCGACGACAUCUUCGCAAGCGGUAAGAAGAAUCAAACCCCCGACUACCAGCGCGUGGAGCAACCCGACUCGGAGACAGCUGUCAACGGCAACUCUUCGUCCGACUUCCCCGCGGCCCCGCAGGCGGCGGAGGUGACGCCGGGGGUGGGCGGCGGGGCGGCGGGCUUACAGGAGGGCUCUUUAGAUUCCGUGGUGGUGGCAGCUGUGGGCUACGAGGUCCCCGGGUCCAAGGGGAACUGGAUAGACCGGAACCCUCCGUCUGUUAUAUUACAGCAGCACCGUUCAGAUGAGAUGUAGUGUGGUUACGUAUGUGACCACCAGAUGGAGCCAUAUUAUAAAUCUUCACUAUACCAGAGGGAAGCUAAAGCAGGGUACACGCGCAUACAUUCAAGCACCAUUAUUGAGUCACAGAAUAGGAAAAAAACGUGAGAAAUUGAUGCCCCCCCUCCCCUCCAAAUUGUUUACAAUUGCCCAUAUUAAUAGUUCCAACUGUAUACAGUACCACAAACUAAGAUGCCAAAACAGUUGAUCAUUUCAAACUCAUCUUCCGUUACCAUUAAAAACAAAUGAUUACAGAUUAUUUGAUUUUGAACAAAUACCCCAGAAGUGUGCAGGUACAUGCACAUGUGGCGAAUGCUGUCAGAAACAAACCAGGCUACAAUAAUUUCCUCAGAGACACAAAGCUUGUCCCAGUUUAGAUGUAUCACUUCACCAUACUUCCUUGUCACUAUUGCCUAUUUAGACCGGGCUUUUGCACCAUUUUAUGGUAUUUGAGCAAGCACAAAAAUAACAAAUAGGUGAGUUAUUCAGUGAAUAGCAAAUAGGCGGUGGAUUAUUGUACUGAUUUUUUAACAUCUUAACUGUUCAACUGUGCGAACACACACAAGGGUCUGCUGUCAUAAAUAUUGAACAGGUUUGUUACCUUUUUUAAUACAUAUAAUUAGAUAAGGGAAUAAAAGGCACUCUUAACACAGCCCACACCACAGGAUAAUCUCUCAAAACAAUAUUUUAGAGACCGUCUGUAAUCUUUUUUUUUUGCUGACUUGGAUCGGAAAGAGGGCGAGGAACUGCUCAAUUUUGGCCCAAUUGUCAGUAUGUGUGUACUCCGCGUUAUACAGUACAUUGGGACAUCCACAGACUGCCUCAAAGGUAGUGCAGUUUGUAGUUCAACCAGAAGUUGGUGAUAAUCCAAUCCAUCCAUCCAUUUUCUGUACCGAUUAUCCUCACAAGGGUCACUGGUGUGCUGGAGCCUAUCGCAGCUAUCUUCGGGCGAGAGGCGGGGUACAUCCUGAACUGGUCGCCAGUCAAUUGCAGGGCAGUGGUGAUAACAAUAAAUGGGAAUUUGAACUUUGCGGGUACCACUGUACAUAUAUUUUGUUUCAAAAAAAAAAAAAAAGCGGGGGGACGGAUUUAUGGUCAUCCUAACAGCCUUCUGAUGUACUACUGUUACUUUAUUUGCACUUUUCUAUCUUGUAAACAGCAAAAAGGACAUUUGUCCUUCAUUAAAAUAUUAAAAUACAAACAUGUAUUUGAAAAGGCCCCACUCUACCAACAAGAUUAAAUAAUGACCCUAUUUUAUAGAUAAAUGACACACCCAAAACUGCUUAAUUAGCUUCCAUCAGUCAUUGCUUGAUAGAAAAAUAGGCUGCUUGAUUAAAGAGAUUUGGAUCAUUGCACCAUGAAGCCAUUGCAGGACAUUUGGCCAUGUACAGUAGACAACUUGUUUCCCUUGUAACAAGGGUUUCUGUUUUGUUUUGUGUGCAAAUUCAUGUGAUGUCCUCCUUAUGAUACUCUUGUUUGGUUAAGGAGGCAUUGUUUUUAUAUACAUGUCAUGUCCUGAUUUCAUUGUUUCUUGCAAACAUUAAUGAUACUCAGAAAACUAUUGUGCAGUUAACUAUAUCCAAAAAUGUAAUGACAUGUUGUGUCAGUGAAGCAUUUUUAUUUUAUUUCUGUUACUAUUAAUAGUAAUGGCAUGUAAAGGGCACUGUUCUGUAUUAUGAUGAGAUUAAAUUUCUAAUGUUAGGGGAAAGGCACUGUUUCAAGAAGAAUGGAAUGUAAAUAAGCUGAAAUCGUGGGUUUUUCUGUAUGUCGGACCUCUUUACAUACAUGUUAAUAAAGUUUUUAUGUACCAAAA